AUGGUUAUGUCCGUCAUCCCCCAGCACGGCUACGGCCAUGACAACGACCACGGGUUCCACGUGGAGUACAAGGAAGACUACUACGACCCUCACCCCAAGUACAAGUUCGAGUACGGAGUCCACGACAGCCACACUGGUGACAUCAAGAGCCAGAAGGAGGAACGUGACGGGGAUGUGGUGCACGGCAGCUACGAGCUGGUGGAGGCGGACGGUUCCAAGCGCGUCGUCCACUACACAGCUGAUCACCACACUGGCUUUAACGCUGUCGUCCACAGGGAACCCGCCUACCAUGCCCCCGCCCCUGCCUACCACGCUCCAGCCCCUGCCUACCACGCUCCAGCCCCUGCCUACCACGCUCCUGCCCCUGCUUACCACGCUCCUGCCCCUGCUUACCACGCUGCCGCCCCCAGCUACGGAGGACACAACUCACACCAGGAGGAAGCAUACGACACCCACCCCAAGUACUCCUUCUACUACUCUGUCAACGACCCCCACACUUACGACAUCAAGAACCAGCAGGAGGAACGUGAUGGAGACUACGUGAAGGGACAGUACAGUCUGGUCGAGCCUGACGGUGGCCGCCGUACAGUCGAUUACACAGCUGACUCCUACGGCUUCAACGCUCAGGUCCAUAAGGAGGAAGGCAAGGGAGGAUACGCCGCUCCCCACUCGGCUCCCAAACAUUACUCUUCAGCCCCCGUCUACCAUGCGCCAGCACCAGCUUACAACUCCCAUGCAUCUUCUCACUCCUCCGUCUCUGCACACCAUUCUUCUGCACCAGCUCAUCAUUCAGCCCCCGCUUACCACUCCCCAGCCCCCGUUUACCACUCCCCAGCUCCUGCUUACCACUCCCCUGCUCCUGCUUACCACUCCCCAGCACCCUCCUACUCUGCUCCCAAGAACUAUGCCGCUGGUCACGGGUACUCGCAGACUUCAGUCACCUCUCCUCACUACUCUUACUCUUACUAGAGGUUUACCCUUAUAAAGACUAAAUAAU